AUGGAUAAAGAACUCCCUAAAGCCAGUCCCAACAAGCUUGCGCUGAACAUCAAGAAGCCUGACAAAUCCUUCAAAUGCAGGAAGCCCACCAAAAAUGUCCUGGUCUUUUUAAUCAACAGACAACUGGGCAGGCACAGAAGUGACAUCGACCUGUCAAGGUGGCUAUGGAUGCUGUCAUAA